AUCUCCCCUUAUUUAAUAAGAGCCCAUUGCAUCCAACAUAGUCUUUUUACCGUUUAAUUUUAACUCCGUUAUCUACCUGUACAUCGCACUACUGUGUGGGCGGAGGCUUAUUUCUCUUUCACAAUGUUUCUAUUUCUUCAGCCCCUUCGCCUACCCGAUACACCCCUUUUCUUUUCUUUCUUCUUCUUCUUCGUUUUCCUAUCUUUUCUCUCUUUGACAAAAAAUCUGAUUCGGAUUUCCCCAAUCUUUUAAUGAGAUAGUUGCCCUUGUAUCGCUGCUUUGUAUAUAUACUUCCGCCAGGUGAAUGGUUUAUGGGGAAGAUGCCGUUCAUGGGCAGUUUAUGGUAUGCAUCAGAUUCAAGAGAAGUGUGAUGCAGUUACGGUGCUAUUGCUCACUAUUUUUCUCUUUCUGAGCAUACAUUUUUUAAAUGGCUGUGAGAGUUUCUUCAGUGCUGGAAGGAUGGGGAUGCUCCUUACUAUCUUGGUUCUUGUCAUUGUUACCCCUAUUGGAAGCAUUUUAAUCACCUUGGCAGUUACAUCACAGUUUUUUGCAUGGUUGGCUGGUUUAAUACUACGAAGGACCCCAUUAACUCUUGCCUUUGAGGCAUUCGCUGGACUUGUUUCUGGGAUAUUAAUGAGCUUAUAUGUCGUGGAGACUAAUGGGUAUACAACAAUUGGCUUCUUUUUCUUAGCUGUGGUAUGGCUUGCUGUCCUGCGCACUGCACGCAUGCGAUUCGACUAUGGUUUUUUUACUUCUUUGUUGGCUUCGGGGACUUCUCGUGCUUUGAUGUACGAGAACACUAAACCGGGGUUAGUCACUCUCAUGGCAGUUCUCGUCAGUUGCUUCAUUGUCUACAUGAGGGCUGUUUCGGAGGCAAAGGACGGACCGCUUUAAUUUGCUUGGAGCUGAUGUAUGCAUGUGUGAGGCCGUGCCUGCUGUGAGAGGCGAUGGGUUUUAUCUGUCUUUCUACAUUGUAGUUUAAUUUGAUUUGGAUGUUGAUGGAUUAUGGAUAUGACAUCUAGAUGCUGUUUUGUAUGCUUGAUUUGAAAUCU